AUGGCCCUGCGCUUCAGCAGCCUCCGAUCUGCGGCGCGGAGGUUGAGGAGCCUACACUUUGUUCCUGGUGGCUCCCAAAAGUUCCUGGAGAAAGCACUGGCCUCCCGGGCAGAUGCACUGAUUAUCGACCUCGAGGACUCUGUGCUCCCAGCAGAGAAAGCUUCGGCAAGGGAAGAGGUCAGCAAGUGGAUGACAUCUACCCAGUGGGGAAGCAAGACCGUCUGCGUGCGGAUCAACCCCAUGGACACGCCACUUUGGGAAGCUGACGUCAGCUCCACCCUCAAAAAGGAUAAGCCGGACAUGCUCGUGGUGCCGAAGGUUUCGAGUCCUGCAGAUCUUGACAAGCUCGGCACAAAGCUGGCAGAGUUGGAGAAGCAGCUGGGCCGGGAGGUUGGGGGCACCACGGUCCUUCCCAUUGUCAGCGAAGUGCCAGAGGCACCCCCGAGGGCCCACGAGAUUGCGCGGCAUCCGCGGGUUGAAGCCGUCACUUGGGGGGCAGAGGACCUGUCUGCUGAACUGGGUGCCAAAAAGCGCCGGGAUGGCUCCGGACAGUACUUGGAAGUUUUCCAGCUGUGCCGCAGCCUCACACUGUUGGCUGCAAAGGGCGCCAAGGUCCAGGCCAUUGAUACGGUCUACACGAACCUGAAAGAUUUGGAGGGACUGAGGGCAGAAAGCGAAACUUCGGCGGAUACUGGCUUCGACGGCAAGCUCACCAUCCACCCGGACCAGAUCGAUGUCGUGAAUGCCGCCUUCUCGCCCAGUAGCCAGGAGGUGGCCGAGGCGACGGAACUCCUGGAGGCGGCGAAGAGCCAGCCUGGAGCUUUCCGCUUCAAGGGACAGAUGGUGGACAUCCCACAUUUCAAGCAGGCCCAGCGCAUCCUGGACCGUGCGGAUUCCACCGGACCUUCGACAGAAGCGGCGCAGAAAGCAGCCUGGCCGGAGGGGCCCUUCCAUGGCAAGUGGCUGGAGGAGCUGACAGAAGGCUUGAUAAUCCAGCACGCUCUCACGCGCACCGUCAGUGAAACUGACAACCUCCUCUUCACAACAAUGACGCUGAACCCAGCGAAACUUCACCUCGACUACGAGUCCGCAAAGGCCACUCAGUUUGGCAAACCCCUCGUCAACAGCAUGUUCACCCUGGCGCUGCUGGUGGGCAUGUCCGUGCUGGAGACAACUCAUGGCACCACAAUUGCCAACCUCGGCUUUGAAGAGGUGGUUUUCCCCAAGCCUGUCUUCUAUGGCGACACAAUCCGGGCCGAAACGGAGGUGAUCCAAAACCGACCGAGCUCUUCCAACCCCUCCCGGGGCAUCGUGACUUUUGAGCACCGAGCCUUCAACCAGAACGGCCAGGUGGUGUGCAAAGCGCGGCGCAACGCCAUGAUGCGCAAGCGGCCUUCCAGCCUUUGA